AUGCGCGGGAAGCUGCUGCCCCUGGCCGGCCUCUACCUGGUGCAGGGCCUGCCCUACGGCCUGCAGUCAGGCCUGCUGCCCGUGCUGCUGCGAGCCCGUGGCCUUUCCCUGACGCGCGUGGGGCUGGCCAAGGCGCUGUAUGCGCCGUGGCUGCUCAAGCUCUUUUGGGCUCCGCUAGUAGACACGUGGGGCUCCCCAAGGGGCUGGCUGGCACUCAGCACGGCUGCCUUGGGCCUGGUGUGCGGGCUGUUGGCAGCCCUGCCUCCUGCCGGCGCCGGCGGGGCCCCGCUGCCUGUCCCGGUGGCGGCGCUGCUCCUGCUGCUGAAUCUGGCUGCGGCCGUGCAGGACGUGGCCUUGGACAUGCUGGCCGUGCGGCUCCUGGAGCCGGCUGAGCUGGGGCCCGGCAAUACCGUGCAGGUGGUUGCUUACAAGCUGGGGGCCGCGCUGGCCGGCGGUGGGCUGCUGGCCCUCCUGCCCGCGCUCUCCUGGACGCUGCUCUUCCUGCUCCUGGCCGCCACCUACUGGCUGGCUGCAGCCGCGGCCUGGGUGGCGCCCGCCCUGCGACAGCUGCCCACACCCCCGCCCUCAGCGCACCCCCGCCCCAGCCUGCACCUUCAGCAGGACUUGCUGGCAGUGCCUGGGACCCUGUGGACAGCGGGCUUCGUGCUCACCUACAAGCUGGGUGAGCAGGGUGCCAGUGGUCUGUUCCCACUGCUCUUGCUGGACAGCGGCAUCUCCACCCCAGAGCUGGGGCUGUGGAAUGGUGUGGGUGCUGUGCUUUGCUCCAUUGCUGGCUCAUCCCUGGGUGGGGUCCUGCUGGCCAGGCGUUGGCAGCCACUGCCCCUCCUGAGGUCAGUGCUUCGGUUCCGUCUUGGGGGCCUGGCCUACCAGACUGCCCUGCUCUUUCAGCUGAACAGCCCCAGAGCCAACCCCGUCCCUGGCACAGUCCUGAGAGGGGCAGCCCUGCUGAGUCUGUGUCUGCAGCACCUCCUGGGGGGCUUGGUCACAACCAUCACCUUCACCGUGAUGAUGCGCUGCAGUCAGCUGGCACCCAGUGCCCUGCAGGCCACACACUACAGUCUCCUGGCCACUCUGGAGCUGCUGGGGAAGCUGCUGGUGGGCACACUGGCGGGAGCCCUGGCUGAUAGCCUGGGGCCACACCUCUGCUUCUCUCUCUUCUUAGCUCUCUCAGCCACCCCCAUGCUGUACCUGGGCUUUGUGCCCAACACCCUGGCCUGA